UUUCGCGCGCCUUUCGCGGUCACAAAUUUCGCGUCCGCGCAGCCAUCUUGCUGCGUCAGUGCAAUGACCGUGACGUGAUCGGAUGCUCACUUGGUGCUAGUGUCUGUGAUGGAAGAGUAGCUGGCAGGUACUUGUCGCGAGAAUGCAGCCGUUCCAAUCGUCAACCCGCCCCGAGGGCCCGAGGGAGUCCUCCCCUGAGAGGGCCAAAUCCCCCGAUACACCCACGGCACCAGUCCUCAAUUUCUCCAUAGCUCGGCUUAUGGAACCAGAUAGGAAGAAGUCAGUCAGUCCGGAACUGCCUCCUCCUCCCGGGUUCUUGUCCUAUGGGGCUCAUUUACUAGAUUCUGCGUUCAAACAGUACAUACCGGCUGCGAGACGACAACUGGUUUCACAUUACCCAUUACUGUAUUACGGUCCAGAUCUAGUUUCGUUGACAUACGCUCAUCAGUUACACUUACCCAGACCACCGCCGGUGCAAUCUCCUGUGCAACGUCCACCAAGUCCUCGAGCUCCGGCGCCCGAUCAUGCCGUUUCUUCGACGACCGGUCCGACACCGUCUCCGGCAAAAAGUAAGAGCUUCGCCUGUGGUGAUUGUGGAAAAGUGUUCAAUGCUCAUUAUAAUCUCACAAGGCACAUGCCCGUUCACACCGGAGCGCGGCCUUUUGUCUGCAAGAUCUGCGGGAAAGGAUUCAGACAGGCGUCAACGUUAUGCCGACAUAAAAUCAUUCACACCUCAGAGAAACCUCACAAAUGUCUCACUUGUGGAAAGGCGUUCAACCGUUCCUCGACUCUGAACACUCACGCCCGAAUCCACGCGGGCUAUAAGCCCUUCGUUUGCGAGUUCUGCGGGAAAGGGUUCCAUCAGAAAGGUAACUACAAGAACCACCGACUCACUCACAGCGGGGAAAAAGCUUACAAAUGUAACAUUUGCAACAAAGCCUUUCACCAGAUAUACAACCUGACGUUUCACAUGCACACACACAACGAAAGAAAACCGUUUACGUGCAGUAUUUGCGCUAAAGGAUUCUGCAGAAACUUCGAUCUCAAGAAACACACCCGAAAGCUCCACAUGGGCGCCGGCAGUUCGAACAACGACUCCUCUCUAGACACGCAGGAUGAGUCGACACAAGAGGCGACCACGAGUCCCAGCGACGAAGCCAGCCGAGCUGCCUUCAGACCGUUCAUAGGUUCUUCGUAUCCCCGGAUCCUGGACCCCGCUCGGAUGACUGCUCCUAACACGUUCUUCUCUAAACUCUUGUGACCCGAGAACUAUUUCAAGAGUUACAACGAAACAAAGGAAUAAGCGAAUUGAUAGUGGAUUUGAUAUUAUCAUCAGAUGAUACUCGUAUAGUCAAAAAUAUUUAUAUUUGUAAAUAUUUAUAAAAUAUCAGUAGAUAUUAAGAUAUUUAUAUAGUUACGACAUGCAUGUUAUUCUUAAAGUGUUCUGAUUUAUAUUACAGUUAACAGGCAACAUUACUGAAUGUUUCUUGACGUGAAUACUUUUAACCGAAAUAACGCAUUCAUUGUGAAUUAUAUUUAGAACAAAUUAGUGUAAUAUUUGUGAUAGUAAAUAUUGUAAAUAAUAAAUCAUUGUACAUAUUUUCAUAAUUAGUAAAUUUUUAAAUACUUCGAUAUUUUGUAGACGUAAAAAUCCAUGUCAUUUAGGUAAUCGCCAUAUUUAAAAACUUAUCACGUAACGAACCAGACCUUGAUGAAGUCCUGAGUAUAAAAUAUUAUUCAUAUAACUAUUUAGUAUCUUCAAAGUGUUAUUGUAUUUCCUGUAAAGUUUAGAAAUUAGAAAAAUAUUUGAUAAAUGUAAAAUU